UUUUCCCAUCACAAAAACCCGAUCUGAACAGUGAAACAUAACACUCCCCUUCGUCCCUUUUUUAAGAUGCGUCUCCCUUUCUCCAUCUUCAAACACUUGUUUUUCAAGCCUUCAACUUUCAACUCUUCCAUGUCAUCAUCAACUCAUGCUUUGUAGAGUCUGUUUUGGAUUGGUUCUAUCUUCAAUAUGGAUUUUGGGGUUCUGGGUUUGGAUGGUAUUGUGGGUCCUCAUAAUGGAGCUCCAUCUCCAUCUCCAACUCAAACUUUCCUCUCAGCUGAGUCCAAACCUAUGCUUUUGGGAUCUAGGUUUACCAAGCAAGAAAGAUCUUCGGACUCAGCCGAAGAAGAUCACUGGAAAAGUUUCAAGUUACCGAGAACUGAUGACUUGUCAACCUCAAAGACAAUGUCAUUGCACCAAGGCACUCCUUUGUUGAUAUCUAAUUCUUUGGUCUUUACUGAAGCUUGCCAACAAGACCAUAUGAUUAACUUAUCUUUGCUCAAAUCUGAAGUUCAUUGUACCGGGAAAGAGGGUAGCUUUUUAGAGACAAGUAGACAAAACAGUGAUUUCUCUUGUUAUCAACAUACACCCUCUAUGAAUACUAGAAAUGCAGGUUAUGGUUCCGGAAGCCUGAAUGCAGGCUUGCAUGAGUUUUUUAUUGGGGUUGAAGGACCUUUUACUCUAUUUCAGUGGAAUGAGCUAAAAUCCCAGGCAUUGAUAUACAAGUACAUCACGUCUAAUGUGCCUGUCCCUUCAAAUUUGCUCAUUCCUUUGAAGAAAUCCCUCUACCCUUAUGGCUUCACCAGCUCAUCUGCUGGAUCCUUGCCUUAUAAUUCAUUGGGAUGGGGUUCUUUCCAUCUGCGGUACACCGGCAACACUGACCCUGAGCGGGGGAGGUGUCGUCGAACGGAUGGAAAGAAAUGGCGUUGUUCCCGGGAUGCUGUUGCUGACCAAAAAUAUUGUGAAAGGCACAUAAACAGGGGCCGCCGUCGUUCAAGAAAGCCCGUGGAAGACCAGAUUAGCCAUGCCGCCACUGGGACCACUAAUUCAAAGGGGGUGCCGAUGCCGUCUUCCUCCGUGUCAGCAUCGGUUAAAACCAGUGGUGGUACAGCCAACAGCCUGGCAAUUGCUUGGCAGCACCAGUUUAAGAACUUGCAAUUGGGUGCUGCCAAUCCUUAUCCAGGCACCCUUGCCAACAGAAUACAAGAUCAACGGGUGUUGCCGGUGUUGUCUUCCACCACCAACCUGAAAUACAAAGAGUCCACAUUUAUGAUUACGAAACAAGGUGUUCCGUUUGCAGAAUCAUUUCCAACCUAUUUUGGACAUGUUGCCUCCGAUUCUCUCAUUAAUCCCUCGCAUAAAAGCUCCUACAUGAAUUCUAAAGAGUUUGGUCUUCUCCUUGACUUCACUGGUCAAGAAAAUCAAAACCACACUCCACCUCACCAAUUCAUUGAUGGCUGGCCCAAGAAUCAUUCUAGCAUUAAUUGGCCAGAUGAGUUAAAAUCAGAUCGGACCCAACUCUCAAUGUCUAUUCCUAUGGCAACAUCAGAGUUCUCAUCGUCCUCAUCCUCACCAGAGAAAGAAAAACUUGACCUUUCAUCACUGAGGUUAUCUCGGGAAUUUGAUUCGAUCCAAAUGGGCCUCGAAAUGAACAUUGACCUGACUGAGACUGACCAUACCAAAAAGCAAGCUAACCGGGUACCGAUGUCCUGGGGAAGUUCAAUGGGAGGUCCUUUAGGAGAGGCCUUAAACAACACCACAAACAACGUGGAUACUUUGACGCAGCUGUGAUCUUCAUCAGCUGUGUUGCAGAAGGCACCAUUCGGUUCACUUUCAAAUAGCAGCUCAGGUCCAGCCUUGGUGAUAAUGCACUCAGGUCCACUCUCAUAAACGCUGCCUCGGUUCCUUCCACAAUCAGAAGCUAAAAUCUAAGCCUCAAAUUGAGCCUGGUGCAGGUUCAUUAAAAGAAAGCUUUGUUAGAAUUUAAGUUCUCUAUAUAAUUCUCCAUCAUCUUUGUUAUCUUUUAACUUACAGUUCGAUUUUACAAAGUAAGAACUUGGACAUGGCGGGUGUAUGAGUUGAAGAAGUGAUU